AUGACCUCCCGGGCAGCGUUGCAGCUCAAAGCGGGUCAGCCGCUAUUUCCCAUCACCGCAAAGCUGCUCGAAAAUGUGGUCGCUGGAGCUCGCACGCCUGUUUUCCAGGGCUCAACGUCCUCCUUGCCUGCGCAGCAACAGUCAGAGUCUCAGAAGCCGUCCUCAGCGCCCGGCACGGGUUCCGGAGCUGCCGGAACCGCCCCGCCACCCGACCCAAAUCGAAGCACCGCACCAGCGUCGGCAAGCGACGAUCCGGACCACAAAAUCGAAGAAACAACGGCAACACGGUCUGCGCCAGCGACAGCAGCUUUGGAGCCCUCCCUCUCAACCACCAGCCUCAUAGACAGCGAGCUCCUGAACCCAGACCGCCAGCGCCUCUGCGGCGCCUUCAGGGCAUUAUGUGCCGUCAUUUUUGUGCAGCUGGUUUCCCACUCGCUGGCGGUUUCGGAGCAGGAUACAUGGGCCUUGCUUUACGGCAUUGAAUCGGGCCAGGCUGAGGACGAUGAUAAUACGACAGCCUGCGGACGGGCCGGUCAAGCAGCGGAGAAUGGUGCUGCAGAGGUAGCAGGCGGCGAACUGAGCACGCUGCAUUUCAGCACCCUCACCAGCUGUACGGACCCGCCUGGGAUGGGGCCUCAGCAGCGACUUCUUCCGACGCCGCCGCACUCACAUCUGGACGGCGAACUUGAAGCCGCGGCUCGUGCUGGUGGGGUGCACCAGGCAGCAGAUGCCGACAAGAACGGGACUCUAUUCAUGGCGGCAGAGCCUCCGGAAUGCGGAAACGGCCCGCCGGCAGAUCAGCAGUAUCAGCAGCAGCCUCGGGAAGUGUAUGAGGAGACGCAGGCGGCGGCGGAGGACGGCGACGAUUUCGUGUUCGAAGACCUGGAGGCGCCAAGUAGCAGCUCGUCAGGUGGCGCUACCGCAGUAGCAGCAACAGCACACGCGGACGCCUCUGCCCGCGGCGGAGACCGGGCGAUCCCGGGCCCGCCCGGACCUUCCUUACUGCCGCCGUACUCCUGGACGGCGCUGCGCGCGCGGCUGUUACGGCUGGCGGGGCAUGUAUCCUAUGCCUUGCUGGACGACCCGGAGCUGUGGCGCGACGGCGCGCUCCUUCAGGGGGUGUUUCAAUUGCUGCGGGCGUUGGGCGCACACCGGCAUUCCCUGGAGCUGCAGCCGCUGCUGCACGCCUAUGUGGGGCUUGUGGCGGACCGGAUCGCGGCGGAGCCAUCGGAGCUGGCCUCCCUGGACAACCUGUGGGACGCCGUCGGGCUGCAGUGCGUUGCUUCGCUGCCUCAAGUCGACCGACAACGACCUGUCGGGGCGGCUCGUGGAGGCCAGGGACUUUUGAUGGCUGAGGCCACCACCUGCCUGUCCCUCGUGGUGACGCUGGCGAGCCAACUAACAGCCGCCUCGGCCAAGCUGCGGCUCUGGCAGCAAGUCCACAAGCACAUGUUGCCCCUUCUGGAGCGUUGUCUAGGCGAGCUCGCGAGGGCGGUGAGGCCAGGACCUGGCAAAGUCGCAACGGCAAAGGCACAGGUGCAGACGGAGGCGGCAGUGGUGAUACAGCAGCAGCAGCAGACGGCCAGGUCAACGGGUCCGGAGGAGGUGGCUGCCAUUGUGCUGGUGUGCCAGGUGCUAGACUUCUACGUUCAGCAGCGCCCCGGCAAUGCGGACCUGGCGGCGGCACUCAAGGGUACGGGCGUGUUGGCCUCCUUGGCGGUGCUCUUUGCGGCGGCGGGGGCCCUGCCGGGGAUGGAGCCUCUCCGUUCCGCGGCGCUGUGCUGCGCGGCCAGCAGCCGGGAGCUGCACCGCUGGAUGCUGGCGGUGCCAGGGGUGGCCCAGGUGCUCGCAGGUCCAGCCUUUCAGGAGGGCGGCCCUCACGAGGCGCAUGGGGCGAUCUGGGAGAUGCUGGGGAGCGCCGGAUCCAGUCCUCUGGCCCUGAGCAUCCUUUCAGGCGGUGCGGCACCAGAGAAGGCCAUUCGUGUGCAUGCACUGCUGCAGCUGCUAGCCAAGGCGGUAGCGUGCGGUGGUGGCGUGUUGUGGGGCCGGGCUGUAGAAUCCACGAUGCGGGAGCUGUUCACGACACUGCGGCAGGAGCAGGCGGGCGGGGGUGCUGCAUCAUCGCCGGUGGCGGUGGUGGUGGUGUCGGGGAGGGCAUUGGGUGGGGUUGAGCGGAAGGGAGCGGUGAAGGCUGGGUCAAAAAGCGAGGAAGCGGGUGAUGGUCAGGGAGUGAUUCAGGAGGAGGAGGCGGGUGAUGACGAAGAACCUCGACCCACGGGGUCGGUGCCGCAGAGGGACGAUGCGUACGGGAGCGGACCCGUGCACGCCGCAACCAAGCCUAUCACGGCGGACGGAAACUUCACCAGCCACCUCCAUGCAUUUGAAUCACUCCUCUCAAAAUCAUGGACCAGCAAGGAGGUUCAGUACGUGCAGCUACACCCGCCGAUGCUGCUGCCGCUGGUCCAGCGCUUGUGUGCCGUACUACCUGUCCUCAUUAACAGCCCCCGUCGGGAUGUCCGCCAGGCGGGUCUCUGUCUGUUGGGUAUGGCGUGGCGAGCAGCCGCCGGCGGCUCCCACUCCCAGCUUCAGACCAUGAUCCUGGACACCCCCCGGCUGAUGGAGCUACUAGCUGAGCGUAUGGAGCAGGACAAGGAGGAGAAGGAGCAGGGGGGCUGCUUCGACGUGCUGUGGGCGAUGCGGGAGGUGGCGGCAGAUGCGGGGGGGUUAGCCGCCCUGGAGCGAUGUGGUGCAUUGCAGGCCGCAUGCAGGGCACUGAAGCGCCUUGUUGUUGCUGCUGCUGCUGCUCAAGGCGACGGCGGGGGCGGGGGCGGCGGGGGCCCGGUUGGGGUAAGGGGCCCACUACCUGAGCGGACUGGUGCUGGUGCUGGUGCUGGUGCUGGUGCCCCGGCAGGAAUGGAGAAGGUGGCGAAGAGGGGCUCCAAGCGGGCGGGCGUUACGGAGGGCGGAGCGGUGGUGGAGCUCGCGGCGGAGGGAGUACUGCUGGCAGGUGCACGAGAGGGGGCACAGCGCCAGGAUGUGGAGGGAGAGGGAAACGGGGCAAAGGAGCGGGACGAUGGCUCGGCGGUGUCAGGGGCCGGCGCCGCCACCGCUGCUGCCGCUGGGGGCGGACGUGGUGGUUGCGGUGCUGCUGCGCAAGGGGGCCCGGCGGCCGACGGGCAGAGGGCCAAUGCGCCUGUGGCGGCUUUGGAGCCGCCUAAGGGCAGCUGCUGCAGUGAGGACGGAGGGUAUUCGGCGACGUUUGAGCUUGAUGGUGGUGAUGGUGGUGAUGGUGAUGUGGGAGCUAUUGGGGUAACAGAGGUGGAGGAGGCUGGCGAUGUGGGGAAGGAGGCUGGUGUGGCUGGCAGUCAGGAACAUGGGAGCGGCUGCGAGGGUGACGAGGGUGACGGCGGCGGCGGCGACACGGGAGCGGGUGCGGGAGGACAGGGGCAGGUGGAGGAUGUACGAGUCACGCAGGUGCGUAAGGCCCAGCGCCAGCUGCAGGACGCUCUGCUCCGGAGCCUGUACGGCAUUGCAUCCAGCGGUCAUUGCCAGAAGCCGCAGCAGGCGGUUCAGGAGGCCUUACGUAAAGCCGGGGAUUCAGUGGUGGAGCGAUUGGCAGCAGUACUGUACGGCGCACGGCAGCCGCCGUCACCAGCGGGAGCGGGGGCGGCAGUAGCUGCUGCUGCACCCUCCAGGGAACAGUUCACCCUGGCCGCUUCCUGCGCCGCCGCCUACCUGCUGUGGCUGCUGGCGUCCGGGGACUUUAGUGCCUCAGAGACCUCCCAACUCAACAUCAUGCGGACCAGAAUGGGAAAAGAUGCGCCCGCGCAAGACGAGCGCGGCCACCGUGCCGCCGCUGAUGCAGGCAUCAAUGGCGGUAGCCGGUACGACACCAAGGGCUUCGGUGUUGUACCAGCUGUUGCGCACCUGUUGCUGAACCGGCUUCCUGGCUGGAGGGACCCCAACUUCGGUGACUGCGUGUCGGCCGCUGGUACGACGUCGCCGCUGCCGCCACCGCCAAAGCCAGCCGUGCAUGGAAAGAUGCAUGGCGGCCGCGGCGCCACCAAUGUUGCACUCGGCCUCGUGCAGAAGCUUGGCGCACAGUACGGCACCUCCAUUGCUGCUGACACCGCUGCUGCAGGCAGCGGUGCGGCAGUGGCCAUCGCACACCGUACCGGGCAUUCCACUCCGUCCAGAGGGGUCGGAGGUGCGGGUGGCAGCGGCGCCAUUGUGAGGGGUGGUGGUGCUGGUGGUGGAGCAGGCGCCUUGGCAGCUGCGGCAGUGGCGCCGCCACUUCAACAGACACCAGAGGCGGCCUCCACCGACCCACGGGUCAUGCCUGACGCGGCGGCCACUGGCGACGCGACGGUGGAGCGGCAGCUGGCACCGUUGCGGACUGGGUCCACUAGGGGGUUACUGCUGACGGGCUCCCUAGGCACCCGGGCAGUUGCGGACGGCUCCCCCCCUCUUCCGGGAGCUUCUCCGCGGGAGGACAUGGACUCGAGCAACAUAAUCGACAGCAGUGUGGAGCUGACGGUUCGGGUAUCGACCGUGCCGACAGCAGCGCAGGUCCAGGAGCUGCAGACCUGCUGCAUGGGAGUGCUGGCGGCAGUGGCGCUCAGCGCCGGUGGAUGCAAGGCCAUUUGUAGUCAGCCGGGGCUUAUGCCGUACAUCGCGUCACUACUGGAGCUGCCAGAUGUUGAUGACGGCGCGCCUCCCCCGCGCUCGACAGCUGCCGCUCUGAGUGGAAGUGGGCAGGACCUCAGGCUGCAGCUGCUGGCUCUGCUGACCAACCUCAGCCUACAUGCCUCUAGCACCACCUCAAGGCCGCUGGCUGAGGGGCUGUACGGCACUGCGGAGAGGUCAGUACGACAGCUAUCGGAUAGCACCUCGAGCUGGAGGCUGGGGGCGCAACUGCUGGAGUCAUGUUUCAUCGUGAUGACCAACUUGCAUCGGGCCCGCGUGGAGCUCGGCCUGCCGCCGGAUCCGACCACUGCAUGCAUGCUUGACUCCGCCAUCACGGUGUACGAGGGUGUGGGACGAACACUUGCCCGGCCGCAAAAAUUGCGUUCUCGCGGCGGCAGCUGCGGCGGCGCCGCUGCCAAGGGUACGGCGGCCCGGCGGGCUGCCGCUGAAGAGGAGAAGGCGGUGCUGUCGGAGCUCGUUUGGCUGCUGGCCGCCAGAGGGGUUGGUUGGGGUGGCGGCGGCACCGCUGCUGUUGUGGUGGUGGCGGCGGAGCGUGCCGCUGUCGAUGCUGCCAGUGCGCUGUGGCAGCUGAUGGCUAGCGGCACGGUGCAUCCGGAGGCAUUGUUUUGUGAUGUGGAGGCGCACCUGGUGUCGGUUCUGGGGAGCCCCAGGGCGGCGGCGGCGGACUCAGAGCGCCCGGCGGCACUGCACCUGGCAGUGCUCGGACUAGUGUCAUGCCUGGCACGCUGUACGGCAGUCGCGCGGCGGCUGUGGACAUCACCGCUGCUGCCGGCGGUGAUGAAGGCGCACGGGCUGGCGCGGCGGCGCUGUGCUGACGGUGGCACGGAGGCGUGGACGCCUGUGGUGGAGUGCGUGCGAGGUGUAUGCCAGACGUUGUGUCGUGCGUGCCACACUGUGGAUCGUGGUUUUGUAGUGGGGCCGGACAAGCGGGUGGAUAAGUGGGGCCUUACGGAGCGGUUGUUGGUUGAGGUCAGAUGCACGUUGGAGUACGAUGAACAGGAAGAUACGAUUAUGCUCGUAGCCAAGAAGGAGGAGGAGGUGGCUGGGGCUGGAGGCCGACUGGCUGAGUACGACGAUUAG